AUGAUUCUACAGGACCAGUUUUUCAACACUGACCAAGUUGAUAUCCUCACCAGGAAGAUGAUGACACGUCUGGCUGAUGUGCGACCUGACGCUGUAGCUUUGGUGGAUGCCUUUGACUACCACGACAAAGUGCUGGAUUCCUGUCUGGGACGAUAUGAUGGGAAUGUGUAUUACGCACUCUACGAGUAUGCCAAGUCAUCACCACUGAAUGAGAAAGAUGUGCUUGACUCUUUCCACAGAUAUAUUAAGCCACUGAGAGAGGGGCAGGCCACUUCAUCCCUCCCAUCACGAUUGUANUGA